UCCGCGACAGGAAACACCCUGGAAGGUCUCCUGUCCUCCCUAAGGCCAGGUUAAAAACCUCUGCACCACAUGGUGUUUGCAAACCUGCCUGCUCCCUGGAAGCCAGCAUGUCAGCUGUGGUCCUAGAAAACCGAGGCUUCGGCAGGAAAUUCUCCGACUUUGGACAGGAAACAAGCUAUAUUGAAGACAACUCCAAUCCAAAUGGCGCCAUAUCACUGAUCUUCUCACUCAAAGAAGAAGUUGGCGCUCUGGCCAAAGUCUUACGCUUAUUUGAGGAGAAUGAUAUAAACCUGACCCACAUUGAAUCCAGACCAUCACGUUUAAAGAAAGAUGAGUAUGAAUUUUUCACCUAUCUUGAUAAACGGAGCAUGCCUGUUCUGGCAAACAUCAUCAAAAUCUUGAGGCAUGACAUCGGCGCCACGGUGCAUGAGCUUUCCCGGGAUAAGAAGAAAGACACAGUGCCCUGGUUCCCGAGAACCAUCCAAGAGCUGGACAGGUUUGCCAAUCAGAUUCUCAGCUAUGGAGCGGAACUGGACGCAGACCACCCGGGUUUUAAAGAUCCUGUGUACCGAGCAAGGCGGAAGUACUUUGCUGACAUUGCCUACAACUAUCAACAUGGGCAGCCCAUCCCUCGAGUGGAAUACACAGAGGAAGAAAAGAAAACUUGGGGGACGGUGUUCAGGACCCUGAAGUCCCUGUACAAAACCCACGCUUGCUACGAGCACAAUCACAUUUUCCCACUUCUGGAAAAGUACUGUGGCUUCCGCGAGGAUAACAUUCCCCAGCUGGAAGAGGUUUCUCAAUUUCUGCAGACUUGCACUGGUUUCCGCCUCCGACCUGUGGCUGGCCUGCUUUCCUCUCGGGAUUUCUUGGGUGGCCUAGCCUUCCGAGUCUUCCACUGCACCCAGUACAUCAGACAUGGGUCCAAGCCCAUGUAUACACCUGAACCUGACAUCUGCCAUGAGCUGUUGGGACACGUGCCCUUGUUUUCAGAUCGCAGCUUUGCCCAGUUUUCCCAGGAAAUUGGCCUUGCCUCUCUGGGGGCCCCUGACGAGUACAUUGAGAAACUCGCCACGAUUUACUGGUUUACUGUCGAGUUCGGGCUCUGCAAACAAGGAGACUCCAUAAAGGCAUAUGGUGCUGGGCUCCUAUCAUCCUUUGGUGAAUUACAGUACUGCUUGUCUGACAAACCAAAGCUCCUCCCGCUGGAUCUGGAGAAGACAGCUGUCCAGGAGUACACCAUCACAGAGUUCCAGCCCCUGUAUUACGUGGCUGAGAGUUUUAAUGAUGCCAAGGAGAAAGUGAGGAAUUUUGCUGCGACAAUCCCUCGGCCCUUCUCAGUUCGUUAUGACCCAUACACUCAAAGGAUUGAGGUCUUGGACAAUACCCAGCAACUUAAGAUUUUGGCUGACUCCAUCAACAGUGAAGUUGGAAUCCUUUGCAGUGCCCUCCAGAAAAUAAAGUGAACCCAUGGACAGAAUCUGAUCUGAAAACUGAGAAUCUGUUGAUGGAAAUCCAAUUACUUCUUUCAUUACAUCUAGAAAAGUCUGAAAAAUCUUAAUUUGAUAUGAUAGCCUUAAAUCCUUUUUGGCACAACAUGGAGAAUCAACAAAAAAAUCAAAAUAAUCUGAAAUGACAGCAUAUUAAUGCAUGCCCAAAAGCAUAACGGUGUAUCUUUUGGGGUCAUCUUUGAUUUAGAGAUAGUAAUCCUAUACUCUCAAUUGAGUUGAAAUCAAUAAUCUGUCACAUUUCAUCAAAGUUAAUUAAAAUUUGUGACCUGCUUCAUUCAAGCUUCAUAUAGGCUUUUGUUAUUUGCCAUAGAGAAUUCCUAAAGGAGGAUAUAUUGCUCAAUGUAAAACACAAGACUGUCAUUAGAAUUGGGUUUUUGGACUUAAAUCUUAACCUACAAAGGUCAUUUUCUGUUUCAGUGAAUUAUGAUUCUAAUUACUGAAUUGUUCUUUUGCCUACAUGGGUUUCCUUUAAUUCAGGAGUCCAUUAAAAUAGUUAUAAACAUUAAAGUGAUAGCAUAAUAUCAAAACAUUUCUGUAUGUUUUAUUAUAAUCAUAAAUGCUGUUGUGGAAGGUGAUACACCUCCCUACCUGACUCCAUAAAUUCUAGUAUCAUUUUCUGAUGAAUCAUCAAGUUUGUUUUGGGAGACAUUUUGAAGACAGUUAUGACGCAAUAGAUGUUAACUAAAGGCGUGGCUGGUAAAUAUUCAUGGGAAUACAUUAUUAAAUAGCAAAUCCUCAACAAAAGUGAGAAUUUUAAUUGUAUUAAAAAGCUUUAGUGGUAACAAAGUUUUGCAGUUUCAAAUUUUCCUUGGAAUGAAAUAUCCUUCUUGUUGCCUUAGAAAUACAUUAGCUGGAUGAUCUUGUGACAUAAAAGAGUGACCAGUCUUAAAUUUCCAACCCAGUGCUGGGGCUCAUUAUGAUAAUCUAAGUAGUGUCUGAAUAGUCAACAGGCUUUGACUUUUGUUGGUUGUGCAUUUUACAUGAACAGAUGAAUAUCUGAGAAACAGUGCGGGGAAUAACAAUGUCUUUAAAGCUGUGCUUUGAAAAUCUCACACCAUUUUAACAUUUUAUUUUAGAAAUAGUUAUAUCUUAAAGGAUUUGCUUAGUAUUUCUUCAAGUGUGAUUCUCAGACCAGUUGUAUUAUUAUCAACAGUAAAUCCUAGGCACCACCCCAGCUCUACCUGACUAGAAUACCUGGGGAUGGGGCACAGAGGUCUGCAUUUUUAAGUACUCCAGGUGAUUUUUUUUUAAUGCUCGGCCAAAUCUGUUGGGUACAUUAAGUUUGAGAAAACCUGACUUCUGGUGGUCAGUAGUUAUGCCACUUGCCAAUUAUGUCACCUUGGAUAAGUCACUUCCCCUCUUUGGACCCUGGUUUUAUUCUAACAAAGAGGGAGUUAAAUUGGAUGAAUCAAAGUUCCUUCCAUCCUUGAAAUACGAUUCAAAUGCUAACGUGUCUUUAAACAGCUGUCCAUAAUCCGCUACUAGUGUGUAAUAAUACUCGCCUAAUUAUGCCAGCUGCGCGGAAAGAACAAUUUGGUCUGAAUGUGUCUGAGGUUUUGUUGCUUUGAAGUUGAGGUUUUCAAGUCUGUGUCUAUUUUGUCAUGCGUUUGUAGAACCCAUUGACAAGCACUGAUUCUAAAAGUAGAAAUGGACUUUUUCUCCCGUGUUCUAGAGCCCAAACACUCUCCAAUGCGACUAUUUCGAUAAAUGUUUCUUUACUUUACAUUAAAUUUAAAUUAGAGAAUUUCUUGACUUUGGAAUGGAAAUAUUAUAUAGUAUUUUAGGCUGGGUAUUUUAUUCUAUAGUGAUUUUUAGUUCUACUGAAGAUAAAUUAUCAGUGUAUUUAAAGUCAAAGCUUAGGUUUAGAUUGUAAUUUUGGCCGCAAGAAAUUACAUACUGACUGGAAGAUAAUUGAAUUUUUAGUAAUGUGCUACUCAAUACUUAGCUCUUUUUAUAUGAAUAUAAAAGCCCAGCCUACAACAAUGGGACUCAAUACAUUUCCAUAUGUUAGUAUUAUUAUCUGUUUAAUAUCUAGUAAGUGAGCAGCUUUUUAGAAAUAGGAGUAAUGUUUUACUGACAGUUAAUCCUGCUGUAUCCAAACAGAAGACAUAUAUGUAAGAACAUUACAAAUAUGUAGUAUUAGUGUUUAGUAUAUUUCUGAAAGGAGAAAUCUAAAUUUUAAUUUCAGAUUUCUAAGUCAUGUAAUUUAGUUUUGUUUCAAAGAAUCUACCACUAAAAUGUCAGCUUCAUAUAAACAAAAACCUUGACUGUUUUCUUCACCUCUGAAAACCUUACUUAGCACAUAGUAGGUACUCAAUAAUUUUUAAAAAAAUUUUGACUGGAAUCACAGAGAGUGUAGUGAAGAUUAUAUCUCACAAAUAAACUAUUUUGCAAGAAAAAGUUAA